AUGGCUCUGCCCAAGACGGGUGGAGCUAAGAGGCUGACCCUGGGGCUCCGCCUUAGCCCCUCUCCCUUGUGUCUACUGCUGCCUUUGAUUAUCCUGCUAACUGAUCUGAGCAGCGUGUGUGGAGCACUAGCUCCUCCAAAAUUCACCAAGACUCCCACAGACCAGAUUGGAGUGUCAGGGGGUGUGGCAUCAUUUGUGUGCCAGGCCACUGGCAAUCCCAAACCUGUAGUCUUCUGGAACAAGAAGGGCAAGAAGGUCAACUCCCAGCGUAUCGAGACCAUAGAGUUUGAUGAAGGUGCAGGUGCUGUCUUGAGGAUCCAACCACUCAGAGCACCCAGAGAUGAGAACAUCUACGAGUGUGUGGCACGCAACAGCGAAGGAGAGGUGUCUGUCACUGCAAAGUUGGCCAUUAUCAGAGAGGACUUGUUGCCAUUCGGCUUCCCCAGUAUAGACAUGGGUCCCCAACUGAAGGUGGUGGAGCGGACAAGGACGGCCACCAUGCUGUGUGCUGCUAGUGGCAUCCCCGACCCAGAGAUCUCCUGGUUUAAAGACUUCCUACCUGUCGACCCUAGCAGCAGCCAGGGUCGCAUCAAACAGCUCCGAUCAGGAGCAUUACAGAUUGAGAACAGCGAGGAAACAGACCAAGGGAAGUACGAGUGUGUGGCCACCAACUCUCAAGGCGUGCGCUACUCCUCCCCUGCCAACCUCUACGUGCGAGAGCUUCGAGAAGUGCGCCGUGUGCCCCCUCGUUUCUCCAUCCUCCCCUCCAACUACGAGAUCAUGCCGGGAGGGAGUGUCAACAUCACCUGCGUGGCAGUGGGUUCACCCAUGCCCUACGUCAAGUGGAUGCUGAACAGCGAGGACCUGACCCCUGAGGAUGAAAUGCCGAUAGGCCGGAACGUGUUGGAGCUCAAUGGUGUCAGGGAGUCUGCAAACUACACCUGUGUGGCUAUGAGUAGCCUGGGUAUCAUCGAGGCCGUCGCUCAGGUCUUAGUCAAGACUUUGCCAAAGCCUCCCGGCACACCCGUCGUCACAGAGACCACAGCUACCAGUGUGACCAUCACCUGGGACUCUGGCAACCCUGACCCCGUCUCCUACUACAUCAUUCAGUAUCGAGCCAAAGGCCCGGACAGUAAAUACGAAACGGUGGACAGCAUCACCACCACCCGCUACAGCAUUGGGGGACUGUACCCCAAUACAGAAUACGAAAUCAGAGUGUCGGCUUUCAACAGCAUCGGCCAGGGCCCCCCAUCAAUGCGUGUGGAUGCACGGACUGGAGAGCAGGCACCAGCUAGCCCACCCCGAAAUGUCCAGGCCCACAUAAUUUCUCAGAACACAGUGAUGGUCCGCUGGGAGGAACCGGAGGAACCUAAUGGGCAGGUCAAGGGCUAUCGUGUGUACUACACAAUGGAUCCAUCCCGACCCAUGAAUGAGUGGCAGAUCCAUAACGUGCAGGACAGCGUGAUCACCACCAUUCAGAAUCUGAUAACCUCAGAGACCUACACCAUCCAGGUCUUAGCCUUCACAUCUGUAGGGGACGGACCCUUCUCGGACCCCGUCCACGUCAAAGUCAUGCCAGGAGUCCCAGGCCAGCCAGGGAAGUUCAAAGUUGGUAGGGUGACAGACACCAGUAUUGAACUGACCUGGGAACCUGCUUACACCAAGGAGGGCAUUGUCAACUAUGAGCUCCUCUACAAACCUGCCAAGUAUGGCAGUUUGGAGAAGCUGACCUUCGGGCCGAGGAAUUCUUACACAGUGGAGGGUCUGAAAGCGAACACCGAAUACUCUUUCUCCCUGGCCGCCAUCUCAAAUAAAGGCAUUGGUGCUUUCACCAAUGAGCUGGUGCAGAGGACAUCACAAGCCAAGCCCUCAGCUGCUCCUGAGGGUGUGUCCUGCGAAUGUGCCAGCUCCACCUCGCUGAGAGUAAGUUGGAGGCCACCUCCAAUGGAGGGCCAGAAUGGCGAGUUGGCAGGUUAUGAGCUGAGGUACCAGAAAGUUUCUGGGGCAGGAAGUGGAGGUCAGGGCCAGGAGGUGAAGGGGCUUCCUAUCCCAGCCCAGCAGGGGCAGACAGUGGUAGAGGGGCUGGAGAAAUGGAGCUGGUACAACAUCACCAUGACAGCCACCACUGUAAAGGGGAAUGGACCCAACAGCCCAGCUGUGCUUUGCAGAACUGAUGAGGAUGUGCCCAGUGCAGCCCCUCGUCAUGUGGAUGUCCAGCCGCUCAACUCCUCAACACUCCGAGUCACCUGGCGGUCGGUGUUGCCACGGUUACGGCAGGGCCAGAUCCGUGGCUACCAGGUGCAUUUUAGCCGUGCAGAGAGUGGUGAAUCGCGAAACCUCCCAUGGAUCAAAGAUCUCUUACUGGACGAGUCUCAGAUGGAGGAGGAUGACUCGACACAAUAUGAGCUGCUUUUGGGAGGUCUGAAAGCAGAGACUUUGUAUUCUGUCUCAGUGGCAGCGUACACCACCAAAGGGGAUGGAGCGCACAGCAAAGCCAAGCUGGUGCAGACCACAGGGAUCGUGCCUGGUCCCCCCUCCCUUUGGCUCCGUCCAGGAUUGGGUCCAUCAGUGGUGGUACGCUGGGCUCCCCCGCUGGAGUGCUCUGAGUCAGCCUCUGAAAGCCGGGGGCUCCCAGUGGCAAUCCAGGGCUACCGCCUACAGUUUGGCUUGAAGAAUGCCUCUUUAGACACCACAGUUGAUUUCACGAAUCGGGAGAAAAACUUCACUGUCAGAGACCUCUCCCCAGGAGCCUCCUACGUCUUUGUCCUCUCAGCAAAAAGCAGAGCAGGCUAUGGAGAUUUAGUGCAGCAGGAAAUAACAGUUCCCAUGUUUCCACCCUUGGGAUACCCGAAAAUAUCUGACUUUGUUAACGCCACUUGCUGUUCCAUCCAGUUCUCCUGGCUGCCCCUUGACCCAGAAGAGUCCAAUGGCAUCAUUACAGAGUACACCAUAGCUUAUACAGAGGCUGCAGGCCCCAAACCUUCCAGUGUUCCCGAUCCUUCUGCCUUACCAGCCCCUCCUGCUCCCCCACGCCUGGUCACAGUACCAGCGAGUGAGUCCACCUACAUCAUCCUGGGCCUCAAUCACAGCACAACGUAUGAGGUGCAGCUCAGAGCCCACAACAAGGCAGGGCCAGGCCCCUUCAGCCCACCUCUGGUGUGCCAAACCCUGGCCUUUGAAACAGAUGUGCCAAGGAACUUUUCAGUCAAUCUGGCCACUAAGACCAGUGUUCUUCUAACGUGGGAGUUUCCAGAGAGCAGCAACCCCUAUCGCUUUACUGUGGAGUAUAACCGCCAGAAAAUGGAGGUGGAUGCUCGAUUGAGAAAGGCAAUUAUCCCAAAUCUCCAGCCUGACACCAGCUAUGACUUCAAGAUCACUGCGCCUGAGGGAAACAUGGGAGGCCUUCGCCACCGCAUCCCUGCCAAGACUUCCCCGUCAAUCACUAUCCGCCGCCCUGAGAUUGACCACAGUCGUGACACAGAGACCACAGUCACCAUUAUCCUGCCAUCGUUGGAGUCUCGCACUCCUGUCAAAAAUGUUUAUGUUGUUGUGGUCCCUCUGAGGAGAGCCCGUGGCGUCAUCAAACACCUUAAGAGUCCAGAUGAAAUGGACCUAGAGGAGCUGUUGAAAGACAUCAGUCAAAGGCAAAGGGAUUCUCGUCAGCAGAAGCAGGUGGACCUGCGCCGAGCUUACAUCACAGCCCGUUUCACACCUGCCACCCUACCUGCCUUCUUCACCCUGGGGGACCAGCUGGACUACGGAGGCUUUGAGAAUCGAGCUCUAGAGUCAGAGCAGGAGUAUGUCUUCUUCAUCCUGGCUGAGCUCAACUCCACAACUGGGAAGAUGUAUGUGGCCAGCCCUUACACAGACCCAGUGAUUGCCCCAGUUUCAGACCCACAGCCCCAUGAGCCGGGUGAUGGUCUGAUCUGGGUGGUGGGACCAGUCCUGGCAGUGGUCUUCAUCAUCUGUAUCGUCAUUGCUAUCCUUCUUUACAAAAACAGCAAACCUGACAGCAGCAAACGCAAGGACUCUGAACCCGGAACUAAGAGCCUUUUGAGUAAUGCAGAGAUGAUGGCCCAUCACCCAACAGACCCUGUGGAAAUGAGACGCAUCAACUUCCAGACUCCUGGAAUGAUGAGCCAUCCUCCUAUCCCCAUCAGCGAGCUUGCUGAGCACAUAGAGCUGCUGAAAGCAAAUGACAACCUGAGGCUCUCCCAAGAGUACGAGUCCAUCGACCCUAGCCAGCAGUUCACCUGGGAGCAUUCCAACCUGGAGGUCAACAAGCCCAAAAACCGCUACGCUAACGUCAUAGCAUAUGACCACACCAGAGUCAUCCUGGCUCCCAUAGAAGGUAUCCUGGGGAGCGACUACAUCAAUGCCAACUAUAUCGAUGGCUACAGGAAGCAGAAUGCCUACAUUGCUACCCAGGGGCCACUGUCAGAGACAUUUGGGGACUUCUGGAGGAUGGUGUGGGAGCAGCGGGCGGCCUCAGUCGUCAUGAUGACACGCCUGGAGGAGAAAUCACGGAUAAAAUGCGACCAGUACUGGCCGAGUCGAGGCACAGACACAUAUGGGACGAUCCAGGUCACCCUGCUGGACACAAUGGAGCUGGCUACUUUCUGUGUUCGCACCUUUUCCCUGCAUAGGGGAGGCAGCAGUGAACGGCGAGAGGUGCGUCAGUUCCAGUUCACAGCCUGGCCAGAUCACGGUGUGCCAGAAUACCCAACCCCCUUCCUCAACUUCCUCCGCAGGGUCAAAGCCUGCAACCCUCCUGAUGCCGGACCUAUCAUCGCUCACUGCAGUGCCGGUGUUGGCCGCACUGGAUGUUUUAUAGUCAUUGAUGCCAUGCUUGAGCGCAUUCGACAUGAGCGCACUGUGGACAUCUACGGUCAUGUGACACUGAUGCGCUCGCAGAGGAACUACAUGGUGCAGACUGAGGACCAGUACAGCUUCAUCCACGAGGCCCUGCUGGAGGCCGUGGCCUGCGGGAACACUGAGGUGGCAGCCAGGAGUCUCUACUCCUACAUGCAGAAGCUCUCCAAGGUGGAGAGUGGGGAACAUGUCACCGGCAUGGAGCUGGAAUUUAAGCGACUGGCUAACACCAAAGCUCACACGUCCCGGUUUGUCACAGCCAACCUGCCUUGCAACAAAUUCAAGAACCGACUGGUCAACAUCAUGCCCUAUGAAACCACCCGCGUCUGUCUCCAACCAAUCAGAGGCCUGGAGGGCUCCGACUACAUAAAUGCCAGUUACAUAGACGGAUACAGGCAGCAGAGAGGCUACAUUGCCACCCAGGGUCCACUGGCUGAGACCACGGAGGACUUCUGGAGGAUGCUAUGGGAACACAACUCCACUAUUGUUGUCAUGCUCACUAAACUGAGAGAAAUGGGACGGGAGAAGUGUCACCAGUACUGGCCCGCUGAGCGCUCAGCCAGGUACCAAUACUUUGUGGUGGACCCGAUGGCCGAGUACAACAUGCCCCAGUACAUCCUCCGGGAGUUCAAAGUUACGGAUGCCAGGGAUGGACAAUCACGGACGGUUCGUCAGUUCCAGUUCACUGAUUGGCCAGAGCAAGGCGUGCCUAAAUCUGGGGAAGGCUUCAUUGAUUUUAUCGGCCAAGUGCACAAAACUAAGGAGCAGUUCGGCCAGGAUGGACCAAUCAGCGUUCACUGCAGUGCUGGCGUGGGGCGGACAGGUGUCUUCAUCACUCUGAGUAUUGUGCUUGAGAGGAUGCGUUAUGAAGGGGCAGUGGACAUCUUCCAGACUGUCAAAAUGCUGCGCACACAGAGACCCGCCAUGGUGCAGACUGAGGAUGAAUACCAGUUCUGCUAUCAGGCUGCUCUUGAGUACCUGGGUAGCUUUGACCACUAUGCAACGUAAGUGAAGAG